AUGAGCAGUAGCCCGGCAGGACCUUGUCGCAUCUCCGGGACCGAAACCUACCUUGAUUACACGUCGAGCCCGGACAUCGACUUUGACCACAUUAAAUCGACCAUGACGUGCACCAAGUUUCACGAUUCGAUCUGGGGUUUCGUGAUAUAUCGGUGCUCUCAAGGCAAGCAGACAGCUUGGGAUCGCCUGCUGCAAGCCUUGCGCAGAAAGGUCCAGGAAGAUGCCAGGUUCUACAUGCGCCAAGAUGUGUUGAAAUUCCAUCAUCUUCACGCCAUCGACGAUAAGACACUCUACGGAGCCACGUCUUCUCAAGUCCGAGAUCACUUCCAGUCCUGGGUCCCAAAGAACCUGGAGGACCGUCUCUGGCCGGACGCUACUCACCCGCAGAACGACGUGGACUGGUCACACGCAACAUCCACGCCUAGAUACGAAUAUUGUCUCUUUGUGGAUGAUGUCUGCCUCGAGUCCGUGGACCAUGCCGGUGUCAACUCGCCAGUUGUGAAGCUUUUGCGCAAGAACUGGGAGUCCCCAUUCCCCCCACAGGAGAGGAACUAUACAGUUCCCGCGCCGUUCCAUGAUGGUGCCACAGAGUACCACGAGGAAGAUGUGGGCUGGAUGUACAUGCCACUGCAGGAAUACCUUUACAAGUAUGACUUGCUCGGAAAAGGCGACUGGGACGACCAGUAUGUGAGACCCCCUUACAUUGACGGAACCGAGGACGAGGGUGAAUUUGUAGGACAUUGGAGGCAGAUGGCUUAA